AUGUUCUUUAUUUUAUUCACUGUGAUUGUGUUGGCAUCUCUGGGCAAAUCUUUAGGCGUAAGAAGGAGGUAUGUGAAACUUCUUCUUAAGAUUUUUCAGUUUGGUAAAACAAAGAUUGAACUUCAUGAAAAGAAGCAGCAUCCAGAUGAAGAUUCUGAAGAUGAAGAUGAAUGCCUUAAAUCAACUGAUGAAAAAGGUUCCCAUGUCAUCGAAAGGGAAAUAGCAAUUUCUGCAACUGAAGGCAUCAAACUUCCUGAUAUUGCUGCCAUUUCUGAAUCUCUUAAACAUGAAUUUCACUUAUCUGAUGUCAUGUACUUUACCAAGUGUGGUGUGGAGGCAAUCAUUGAAGAUGAAGUCACAAGUCGAUUUACUGCUGAAGAACUUCAAUCUUGGAAUCUCUUAACUCGCAACAAUGACGGAUAUCAUUUUAUUAGUGUGCGGUUAACUAUUCUAUAUUUUGUGGGAUUACUUAUUCGAUAUUGUAUGCUCUUUCCAUUCAGAGUAGUUUUAGCUGUGAUUGGUACUGCUUGGUUGAUAGCAACAACAGCAAUUAUUGGAUAUUUACCAAAUAGCAAACAUAUUGAAAUAGUAUACACCUUUUUUUUCUUUUUUCUUUUUUUCUUUCUUUUCUUUUUUUCUUUUCUUUUUUUUUUUUUUUUUUUUUUCUUUUUCUUUUCUCUUUUCUUUUCUUUUUUCUUUUUUCUUUUCUUUUUUUUUUCUUUUCUCUUUUCUUUUCUUUUUUCUUCUUUUCUCUUUUCUUUUCUUUUUUCUUCUUUUCUCUUUUCUUUUCUUUUUUCUUCUUUUCUCUUUUCUUUUUUCUUCUUUUCUCUUUUCUUUUUUCUUUUCUUUUCUUUUUUCUUUUCUCUUUUCUUUUUUUUUUCUUUUCUUUUUCUUUUUUUUUCUUUUUCUCUUUUCUUUUUUUUUUUUCUCUUUUCUUUUCUUUCUCUUUUCUUUCUUUUCUUCUUUUCUUUCUCUUUUUCUUUCUUUUCUCUUUUUCUUUCUCUUUUUUCUCUUUUUUCUUUUCUCUUUUUUCUUUUCUUUUCUUUCUUUUUUUUCUUUCUUUUUUCUUUUCUUUUUCUCUUUUUUUUUUCUUUCUCUUUUUCUCUUUUUUCUUUCUCUUUUUUCUCUUUUUUCUUUCUCUUUUUUCUCUUUUUUCUUUCUCUUUUUUCUCUUUUUUCUUUCUCUUUUUUCUCUUUUUUCUUUUCUUUUUUCUUUUAA